CGCAACUUCACCAGGUCUACCACCUGUCCGCUCUAUCCGAUCAAGGAGCAAAGUAUGCUCUCGCGCCGCAGCACAUACGAUCCGUUCGAGAAUGUCGACGAAGAGAUUCGGGUUCUGUACCUCGACCAAGUAUUGCUAGGCGAAAGCUAUGGUUUUGAGGAUUAUUGUAUUUCGGGAAACCUCAAACACAUCACCCUGACAGGCAACCACAGCCCGUACUUCGCCCUUUCAUAUGUAUGGGGCGAUUCAACACCUGUAUCAGCUGUCAUACUUGAUGCGAGGGAGCCUAUUCCAAUAGCCCGGAAUUUACUGUUGGCCUUACUCCACAUAAAAAAGCAUCAUCUGUUACCCCCCGGCAUACCUAUAUGGGUUGAUGCAGCAUGCAUCGAUCAAUCUCAUGAAUGGGAAAAGAGCCGUCAAGUUGCCCAUAUGGACAACAUAUAUAGCAAUGCCAUGGGGACGCUCAUAUUCUUGGGAUCAGAGGCCGGGGAUUCCGAAGUGCUCAUGGCCUCGCUCGAUGCUAUUGGCCAACGAGCGGUGGAACACGGAGUAUUUGAUGCUCUAGCAUGGGAGCAAGAGUUUUUGGGAAUGGCAUUGCUAGAGUAUCUGCCGGGAGUGGAGGGAAAGAGGGAGUUGCGGCAGCGUAUCAAACCUUGGAACCGGUUCCUCCGAAAUAUCCUAUGUCCCGACAACGACAUUUGCGCGCCCACUGUCUCUCUGGAAGCGAUUCAAGGGAUGAUGGCAUCCUCCUGGUGGACUCGCAUCUGGGUUUUGCAGGAACUUCUACUUUCGAAGACCCCGAAGUUUGUCUAUGGAUCAAAAGUCGUGCAUGCGGAGCGCGUAGUAGCAGCUUUGAAACUUUUAUCGCUCAUACAACUAUACAUUGAACGACUGCGCACUUUCGGCUUGAAGCGGCCGAAGCUAAAGGGUCUUGAACGUAUUUUCGAAGGCCGAUCGGAAACUCGAUACACUCCCCCAGCAGUAUCCCUUUACCAUCUUCGUCGAAUGCUUCACGACGACGAGACAUGGUCGUGGUCUAUUGGCUCUAUCUUAAGCUGGAUAAGUACCAACGAUGAAGCCAUUCUCUCGGCAACGAAUGCCAGGGAUUACAUUUACGGCUUUCUGGGCUUGAUCUCAGAGUUACCACCCAAUGGAGAGCUCGUUCCGGAUUACUCACUUACACAUGUCGAAGUCUUUACGAGGGCCAUGGCCGCGUGUUUCCAGUCGAGCAUGAAGUACAUCAGUCUCACUAGGGCACUAUUCCCCAAAAAGAUGGUUGGCCUCCCAUCAUGGGUUCCGGACUGGACGGUCGUCCAGAAAUCCUUCGAUCCAUAUUCUAGCCUGUUUGAAGACUGCAUUGGACCCACGCCUACAUAUGAAGUGACGACGGACGGAAUGCAUGUAUUGAGUGUAACAGGCAUCAUGUAUGGAGUUUUACAAACUCUAAAAGCGCAGGGUGCAGAUGAUCCGCUUCUUGAUCUAGAUGCGAUGGAUUAUGAUCAGCUCACCGAUCUUAUCAAAAGUUACCUCCCUUCAACCCUACUUCCCUCCACCAACACAUCGUAUCAUGUAAAUCUACUCGACCUGAUAGCCGCGCACUUGUUAUCCAGAUGCGACAUAUCUCCAUAUCAGAUGUCUAGGAUUCAGGAUUACUACGCCACAUGCGACACGGACGCUGAUGGAUUAUGGCGCGCAACAGAUGAAGAACCAGAACCCCUGGGCCUCGCAGACAUCUAUAAAUCAGAGCUUAACCUCAUCAGCGACAUGUACAACAUAAUGACGCAGAACACGCGCGAUACCAGUGAGGAGCACAUGGGCAUCUUGAGAUGGAUCUCGCAUACCCUGAUCAAUCGCCCACAGGCAUACACCAUUGUGCAAAGCUCAUGGUCCGGCGACCAUAAUGCCCAAGAGCCAGGAGCGGCGAUGUUCAUAGGUACAGCUGGCCCAAAAGUCCGCAACGGAGACGUCCUCGUCGAAUUCGGUGUGGAACCGCAUGUUCUGUACGUUCUCAGACCCGUGGGUGGACACGACGGUAUGUGUGAGUUGGUGGAUAGAGCGUGGAUUCCUAGGCUUGCCAGGGAACGCUUGGUGUCUUCAGAUCUUCCCUCAGAACCCCUGUCCGCUUCUUCUUCUUCUUCUUUCUCGAAAUCCGAGGGAUCUCGUACCGUGUUCCGGAUUUGCUGA